UAUAAAAAGGUUCGAAUUUGAAAAAGUAUAAUUCGAAAACAUAAAAAAAUUGUACUUUAUUUUUUAUUUUUUAUUUAAAUAAUAAUUUAUUAUAUAUAUAAAUAACAAGGGCAUAAGAGUCUUUUGCCAUUUAAUGAAGAAGAUAUUUUAAAAAUGUUUUCUUAGUGGUGGUAAAAAUGAAAAGUGAUACCAUGAAAAUGGUAAACAUAUAAUUUCCUUCAGUUUUUUCAUAUAUUGAUAGAUGAAAAAGCUGCAUAAUACAUAACCCUUUAUAUAGUUUUAAUAUAUUUUAUUGAUUUAACCCUAAUCAUAGAAUUUUCCUAUUGAAAAACAAAGGUUCUAUAUAUAGAAACUUCUUCGCGUAUUUACUGCUACUUUAAACAACAUGGAACUGACUGUGACAUGAAUUCAAUGAAUGAUUCUUCAAAUAGUAUCCAUUACCGUAAAAGUGAAGCCAUCAGAGCAACAGUGUGUUUCCGUGAAUUACACGUUUUUCUUUGACAUCUAUUUUGUAUAUCAAUAUUUAGUUCGAUGGUUCGAAUUGGCUUCACGUCUCUUUUGUUUUCUUGAAAUAUAAAUUAUACUUUUCUUUAUGGUAGAUGGCCGACCAAAAAUGACUUAUCUAUGAAAUAAUAUUAAUACGGUUUCUAUUGAUUCAAAUAUUCUCCUGACGAGUUCGUGUCAGAGUCUUAUUGGCAAUUCAGUGCACGAAUAUGUCUCUAAAUAAGAUAAACCAAUGAAAUGUUAACCGUAUUUGCAUAUCAGAUUAUCAUUUCCCCUGCCAAUUAUGUAGUAAUUAGAUUAUAAACUUUGAAUAAUCUAUGAUAGCAUGUUUGAGUUAUUCAUGUUACAUUAUUCAAAUAAUUUUCUUCUUUCAGUUCUGUAACAAAUACUCCCUAUGUAUUUGAAAUAUUAAUAUUUUAAAAUUUUCAUACAUAUUAAUAAAAAAUAAAUACAUAUUUUUAUCUAUUGACUUUUAGUUUUGUUUUUAAAUUUUGUUUUCUUCCCAAUAAAAUUAUGCCACAAUUUUAGAAUUACAUUUAUAUUUUAGUUUUAAAGUAAAAUGUAACAACUAAAGUCUAAAACAUCAAUUUUCAAAUACAAUUUUUUUUUUUUAAAAAAAAAAUUUGUAUAAACUUGAUGUCCAAAUUUUUUAAUUUUUUUUAUUGAUGAUGCCAAUAACAAUAGAAAAGAGACAUGAUUGUUGAUUACAGAACAAGAUAAAGCCAAUCAAUUGCAAUAUUACAUUGUUUUAUUCUUGUUUUUGGUAUGAACCUUUUUAAAGAGGAUUCCAAGAAACAAAUUGUGCUUCUCUCAAUGAUAAUAUCACCAAUUCACUGAAAAAGUAACAGAGCAAACAAUGUAUAGACAAUUCAUUAAUUAUACAACUUGUAGCAAUCUUCUCAUCAGAUUAGAAGUCAGUUGCUUCAUAACCAUAUUCUCCAACUUGGAAACCUAUGUUUAGAACUUUCAUAGUCACAAUGUAAAACUCUUGUGUCACAUUAACAAAAAAGUGUCAAAACAACAAAAUGAAAUGGAUGCUUAGCAUCAGGUGACUAAUAGAACUAUCAAUGGAUACCAAACUUUCACAAGACAAACACGCAAUCAAACAAACUGUAUAUAGACACAUUUUUUUUUUUUUGAAUUGAAUGUUAAAUUUAAUCAAAAAAAAAUAGACUGUUUUUUACAUCAAUUGUAACUUAUUUUCACCAUAUUAUAAAAUAAAAGAUCUGUUUCCCUAACUUCUUUACUCCUCCUCAAUUAUGUCUGGUAUCAAACCAGUAAACCAUCGGUUCUGCUAACUCCUUAUUAUCUUUCCUCUGUAAAAUGGUGAUGUCCUGUUCCUCAUAUUUUUGUCAAUCGGUUUUAUCAAAAGAGACACAGAAUUAUCACAAGACAAACACGCAAUCAAUAACAUUGGCUUCCUAUACUGACCCCCCGCGACCUGCAACUAAUUGUUUCUCUCGUGAUCCUAUAUUUGUCAAGGAGCUUAUCACCAGUGAUGGUAACCAUAGACACUGGAAUGGUGAAGCCUUAGCUAAUUUCUUAAAUGCUGAGGACAGAGCCAUAGUAAACCAAAUCUUCUUGGCAAAGGAAGUUGAACCUGAUAAGAUUGUUUGGUCAGUUUCUCGUAAUGGCUUAAAGCUAGGCAGGAUUUGGCUACAGAGAUUAAUGGACAGCGGUUUAUUCAAGCAUCAAAAAAAAACGGACACCGGUAUGGUCAAGACCUCCCGACGGCUUUGUUAAAUGUAAUGUCGAUGCUUCUUUUGAUCCAAAUACGAAAAGAGUGAAAUGUGGAUGGAUUGUACGUGACGCUAAUGGAGUAGCACGAUAUUGAGGUUCGGCUUGGUUAGGAGAAGCAUGCGCACUGUUUUGGACAUCUUCAAGUAGAAUCAACAGAGUAUCGUCUUCGUAAUGUUAGUCGUGAUAUUCUUAUGGCUGCUUUGACUUUCAAGAAACGGAAGUGUGUUUAUACACCUCGUCAGGCAAAUAUUCCAGCUCACCGAUUGGCACAGAAAGUACCUCCUACAUCAUAUUUUUAUUCAUCGUGUUUAAAAAUCCUCCGUACUGGCUAUCUUGUAGUUUCACAAAGACUAUAUAUAUACUGUCAAGUUAAUAAAUUCUCUCCAAUAGUUAUAUUUUGUCGAAAAAAAACAAGAUUCGUAAUAUUAAAAAUUAAUUAAAAAAAAUUGUUAUUUAGUUAAGGGUUAGUUAGAGUUCAACCGUAAAAGAAGGGAGCGUUGAGUUACGUAGGUUUUAGUUAGGGAAAAGUGUGUUGGGAAAGGAGAAAAGUGUGUUUGGCGUGUGCUAUAGUGUUCUUGUAAGUGUAAAACUACCAUAUUACGUAAAUCUUUCUUAAUGAAUCCACGAUUUUGUUUGUGAUUAAAAAGAAUAAAUCCACCAUAAAAUCUCCUUAAAGCUCGCCUCAGGUUUACCUCUAUAUAUACGUAGUUUGCGCACUUUCUUUUAUCAAUACUCAAAAUCAUUCACAAAGAAAUUACUUAGUAAGAGAGAUGGCUAUGGCGGAUGCUUCUGGACCUCAAUUGAUUUCUACCACCGGCGAUGCUGAUUCUGAUCAAAUUAUUGUCCCUGAGAAUAAGAGCUGGAAGAAUUUCUUUGCCUACUUAGGACCUGGUUUUCUUGUUUCAAUUGCAUAUAUUGAUCCUGGAAACUUUGAGACUGAUCUACAAGCAGGAGCACAAUACAAGUAUGAGUUACUUUGGAUCAUAUUGGUGGCGUCUUGUGCGGGUUUGGUGAUUCAAUCUCUGGCUGCCAAUCUUGGUGUUGUCACAGGAAAACAUUUAGCUGAGCAUUGUAGAGCUGAAUACUCCAAAGUUCCGAACUUUUUGUUAUGGGUUGUUGCUGAAAUUGCAAUAGUCGCUUGUGACAUUCCAGAAGUAAUCGGAACAGCUUUUGCACUGAACAUGCUCUUUAGCAUACCCAUAUGGAUUGGUGUUCUUCUUACAGGCUUAAGUACACUGAUGCUUCUCGCACUUCAACAAUACGGGGUAUUCUUUUCUUUGAUCUUUUUCCAUGUCACGGUGCUAUGUAUAGUCAAGCCUUAUGAUGUUUGUCAUUCACAGGUAAGAAAGCUGGAGUUCUUGGUUGCAUUUCUCGUGUUCACAAUAGCUAUAUGCUUCGUCAUUGAGCUACACUACUCAAAGCCAGACGCAGGAGAAGUCCUACAUGGUCUCUUUGUUCCACAACUCAAAGGAAAUGGUGCAACUGGUCUUGCAAUCUCUUUGCUUGGAGCUAUGGUUAUGCCGCACAAUCUCUUCUUGCACUCUGCGUUGGUUCUCUCGAGGAAAAUCCCACGUUCAUCUACUGGCAUCAAAGAGGCUUGUAGGUUUUACUUGAUAGAAAGCGGACUGGCUCUAAUGGUGGCCUUUCUUAUAAACGUCUCUGUGAUAUCAGUAAGUGGUGCUGUUUGUAAUGCCUCGGAUUUAACCCCCGAAGACCGAGCUAAAUGUGAGGAUUUGGACUUAAACAAGGCUUCGUUUCUUCUACGGAACGUUGUGGGUAAAUGGAGUUCAAAGCUAUUUGCCAUCGCACUUCUUGCUUCCGGACAGAGCUCAACUAUUACCGGAACAUAUGCUGGACAAUACAUCAUGCAAGGGUUUCUUGAUCUAAGACUUGUUCCAUGGCUCAGGAACUUCUUAACAAGAUGCUUAGCUAUUAUCCCGAGUCUAAUCGUUGCUCUCAUUGGUGGUUCAGCUGGAGCUGGAAAGUUAAUCAUCAUUGCCUCGAUGAUCUUAUCCUUUGAGCUGCCCUUUGCGUUAGUUCCUCUUCUCAAGUUCACUAGCUGCAAAAUCAAGAUGGGUUCACACGUAAACCAUAUGGCGAUUUCAGCUUUGACAUGGGUCAUUGGUGGUUUAAUCAUGGGGAUAAAUAUAUACUAUAUAGUAAGCAGUUUCACUAAAUUGCUUAUACAUAGCCACAUGAAGCAUGUCCUUGUCGUCUUUUGUGGAAUUCUUGGGUUCACAGGCAUUGCCAUCUACUUAGCCUCCAUAGCUUAUCUUGUCUUUCGAAAAAACGGAGAAGCUGGUCCUCUUCUUGCUUCGACUAAUUCACAAACUGUGGAGACACUUCCAAGACAAGACAUUGUCGACAUGCAGUUUGGUAAAGCGUCUACAUCCAAUGCUGAUUGAAUCUUAUACAAUCAUAUCAGUACUAGGACUCAAAUGAAUACCUUUCGAUAGUGGUUCUUAGAUUUUAUAAGAAUUCUUUUUUUUUUUCUAGUAAGUUUUAUGUAAGGAACAACGUUACAAUCAUGACAUCGGAUAAUAAAAUCAUUGUUUCCACUA